AGGCGGCUAUUCAUUCCUGAGAGCUGCCUGAAUGUUCGUCUGCAUCCGGCCGCUUCAUUGAGAUGCUGCGCGCUGCCCGGGAGAGCCGGCCUGGGUGCAGCUGAGCUGCGGCCGCCGAGCCCCGCGCCCGGCCGGCCCCCCCUCCGGCUCCCGCCCUCCCCACCCCGGGGCUCCGGCUCCGUUUGCUGCAUUCCCGGAGCAGCGGGCGGGCGGGCGGGCGGGCGAGCGGGGAACCUGCCCUGCCGGGCUGAGCGGGCAGCGUCGGCCGCGGCCGCAGCGGCUGGAGAUGUGCCCCCCUCGGGCUGCCCCGCGCUGAGUCUGAGGCCCAUCCGUGUGCCCCACCAUGUCUCAGAUGCUGCACAUCGAGAUCCCCAACUUUGGGAACACCGUACUCGGCUGCCUCAACGAGCAGCGGCUGUUGGGCCUCUACUGCGAUGUGUCCAUCGUGGUCAAGGGCCAAGCCUUCAAGGCCCACCGGGCCGUGCUGGCCGCUAGCAGCCUCUACUUCCGUGAUCUGUUUAGCGGCAACAGCAAGAGUGCAUUCGAGCUGCCGGGCACCGUGCCGCCAGCCUGCUUCCAGCAGAUCCUGUCCUUCUGCUACACGGGCAAGCUCACCAUGGCGGCCAGCGAGCAGCUCGUGGUCAUGUACACGGCCGGCUUCCUGCAGAUCCAGCACAUCGUGGAGCGCGGCACAGACCUCAUGUUCAAGGUGAGCUCGCCCCACUGCGACUCGCAGACCACCAUGAUCGAGGACGCCAGCUCUGAACCCCAGAGUCCCUGCAAUCAGCUGCAGCCGGCCUCCGCCGCCAGCGCCACGCCCUACGUUGUGUCCCCUUCUGUGCCCAUUCCGCUGCUGACCCGUGUGAAGCAUGAAGCCAUGGAGCUGCCGCCGGCUGCAGGCCCAGGCCUAGCUCCCAAGCGUCCGCUGGAGACAGGGCCCCGGGACAGCGUGGCAGUGGCAGCUGGCGCAGCCCCUCUCAAGCUGCCCCGAGUCUCCUACUACGGGGUGCCCAGCCUGGCUACCCUCAUCCCCAGCAUCCAGCAGGUGCCCUACCCCCAGGGGGAGCGGACCAGUCCCGGGGCCAGCAGCCUGCCCACCACCGACAGCCCCACCUCCUACCACAACGAGGAGGAGGAGGAGGACGACGAGGCUUACGACACCAUGGUGGAGGAGCAGUACGGCCAGAUGUACAUCAAGGCCAGCGGCAGCUACGCAGUGCAAGAGAAGCCUGAGCCGGUGCCACUGGAGAGCCGCUCCUGUGUCCUCAUCCGCCGUGACCUUGUGGCGCUGCCUGCCAGCCUUAUCAGCCAGAUUGGGUACCGCUGCCACCCCAAGCUCUACUCGGAGGGCGACCCUGGUGAGAAGCUGGAGCUGGUGGCAGGCUCCGGGGUCUAUAUCACACGUGGCCAGCUCAUGAAUUGCCACCUCUGUGCAGGUGUGAAGCACAAGGUUUUGCUACGGAGGCUCUUGGCCACCUUCUUCGACAGGAACACCCUGGCCAACAGCUGUGGCACAGGCAUCCGCUCGUCCACCAGCGACCCCAGCCGCAAGCCACUGGACAGCCGAGUCCUGAACGCUGUGAAGUUGUACUGUCAGAACUUCGCCCCCAGCUUCAAGGAGAGCGAGAUGAACGUGAUCGCGGCAGACAUGUGCACCAACGCUCGGCGCGUCCGCAAGCGUUGGCUGCCCAAGAUCAAAUCCAUGCUGCCGGAGGGCGUGGAGAUGUACCGCACCGUCAUGGGCACCUCAGCCGCCAGUCUGCCCCUCGACCCCGAGUUCCCGCCUGGGGCUGCGCAGGUGUUUGAGCAGCGCAUCUACGCGGAGCGGCGAAGCGAGGCCGCCACCAUCGUGGCUCUGAGAACUGACGCUGUGAAUGUUGACCUGAGCGCCGCUGCCAACCCCGCCUUCGAAGCCAGCGAGGAGGCCGACGGGGCCGGCUCCGUCAUCCAGGAGGUGGCCGCCCCCGAGCCUCUGCCCGCGGAUGGCCAGAGCCCGCCGCAGCCCUUCGAGCAGGGCAGCACCAGCUCCAGCAGGCCCCAGACGCCAGCAGCCACAGCCACAAGAAGGCCGGAGGGCACCUAUGCAGGGACUUUGUAAGGGCCCGUGCGGCCGCUCACAAGGGACCGAGUACUAGAGCUGCUUGCAUGCGUUACUAAUACAGACAAAUGUGAUCAAGCCACUUACCUACUGAACUGCUACUGCUGCCUGACAAAUGUGAUUUUUAUUCUGCCUGUAUUUAAAAUGGAUGAAGGAAACAAACGCAUCGUUAUACUGUAAACAGCUAGGCCCCUGGCCACGCUCUGGGAGAAGGGCCCAGGGCUCCUCUGAUACCCGCCAGGUCAGUCUCCUAUUGUAGCUGUCCCCUCCCGCUUCUUGGGGAGGGGGCCAGAGGCCCAGGCCCCGUGCCCAGCCCUGCCCCUGCCUUGCCCACCUUCCUGCUCCUCCUGCCCCGGAAGAGGAAGCUGGGCAGCAGUGGCCUGUGACAGGUGGGCACAGGACACUCCGUUUCUUAUUAGGGGAACCCCACCGGGGCACUGGGGCAGCCCUGGGCCGCCCGGGGCCAAGCUCCCUUGUUUUCCUUCUUCCUGAGACACCGCCUGUAUGGGUGUGUGCAUGUGUGUGUGUGUGCGUGCGUGUGAGUGUGUGUGUGUGCAGGGACCAGUGACAAUGGUGCGAAGGUGGUCGCUGGCCACCGGGGUGGGGGAAGAGGAAGUUCCCACCACCACCACCACCACCAUGUCCUUACUCUGCCCACCCUUGGUCCUGUGGCUCCUUGGUCCACCUGAAGCCCCAGGGGUUGGCCUGCUGACCCCCAGGGUACCACUGGCUCCAGCAUGGCUACCUGCCAUCCCAUGGAUUGGGGUGCCACCCUGUGCCCACCAUGGGACGCACGCAGCUGGCCUUGCCCUCGCCACCCUGACUCCCCAGCCACUCUGGGAUUUUUACUUGUUUGGUGUUUUUGUUUAGUUCAGAUCUGUUUCAUAUAUUGGAAUUUUUCAGACCCAACAGAGCAAAAAAUUGGGGAGGGACAGUGUUGCUAGUCCCAGUCUACCGCACGCUGGGAUAAGUCUAUACCCACGUUCCCCCAGCCCGGGCCAGGGCCCUGUCGCCUCCUGUUGGAGAUGGGGCCCCAGGUAAGUGCAGCCAGGAUGUGCGAGGCCAAACUCAGGGGUCCCGGGGGCUCUGCUGGGCAGCUCAGCCACCUGGGCAGAGCCAGGGUGGGAUAGCCCCUGCUGAGCUCCUCACUCAUGCCACAGGUGACUCUGGGUGUCCAAGGCUGCAGGGGUGGGCAGCAGGCUCAGGCCUGAGCUAGGGCAAGCUGCAGGUGUGGAUCCCAGGUGGACUGGAGGGCCAAGAGCUGACGAGGGUGGGUGGGGGUGUUGGAGAGGGCUGUGGGGGACAGCUGGCCUGCUGGAGCCUGGAGUGCUCAACUUGACCUUGAAGGCUAUCGUUUCCGUGGUGGGGCCUGGACUGUGAAGUGCUCAUGGGGCCCUUUGCCCAGGCAUCUCUUCCUCUGUCUUGUUCAGGGACUGCCUGAAGAGCCCAGGUCACUCCCAGUGUGGCCAGGGACCCCCAUGCUAAGACUUGAAGGGUCUAUUGCACCCUCCGUCCAUCUUGAGCUCAGCUGUCCCCUCUUGUACGUUCGCACAUGGGCAGUCUCCCCCAAGCUGCAGUGCUGGGCACAGGGUCCAAUAUGGGGAGACUUCCUUGGGGCCCCCUCAUACACUGGCCCAGCCACAAGCACGUGUCUUCCCUCCACAGAGAUGCAGUGGCUUUGGAAAGGGAGUAAGGAGGACCAGAGGUGGGCACGACAGGAUCUGGCCGUGGCCCCUCUACCUGCCCCUUGGGACCCAAGUCCAGGGAGAUCCAAGGCCCGCAUUCCUGGGGUGCUGGGUGGCAGCAGGACCACUCCUGCCAGCACCUGGAGCCUCCAGGUGUAGAGGUGGGCCUCCCUCCAGGUGUAGAGGUGGGCCUCCUCUGCCUCUCUUCUCACUGUGGGCUCUUGUGGGUUGGAGUCCCCAGGGUGCCCUCUCAGAACCUGGACCAAGCCUUCUUGGCACGGGGAGGAGGCUGCAGGGCAGUAAAGGGGGUGAUGGGUGAGGUCAGGCUGCACCCUGGUCCCUCUGAGUUUUCCUUCAUCUGCCCCCCACCCCUGAUUUGCACUUUAAUUUGACCAUCCCUGGGGACCUUUGGGAGGUGGACCCACCUGUCCUGGCUGUUGACAGAAGGGCUCUCUCUCUCUCCCCUGCACUCCAAAGUGGGCACGGUCCUCCACCCUGAGCCAGCACAGGGAGGGUGCCGCUGGCCACUGGAGGAGGCAGUGGCUGCACAGAACGCCUGACCACUGCUCGGGCUAGCACAAUGUCCUGUGACCUCUGUCCCUUAAUUGUUUAUAACCGCCGUCUGUUUUGUUGUUCUGGUUAAGGAAGGCAAGAGCUAUAGGUAAGACUUAAAUAAUAAUAAUUCAAUGUGAAUGGGUUCUGAGCUCUCCCUGUGCCCCAGGCGGGCCAGGCCGAGCGUUUUGCACUAACGUGUCCACAGGGGACAUGGUCGGGAGCGUUUGCAGACGUGCGUGGCCGAUGACUGUACCUGCCGGGGGCGCUCCCUCCGCAUCCUGAAUGUACCUCGGGGCAGGCGGGUGGGCAGCGGGCCUGGGCUCGGAGGGACCUUCCAGAGUGCCUUAGCAUCUUUUGAUCAUUUUUCCCAAGGAAAACCAAUUAAGGAAACCGGACCCUCCCCCCUCCUUUGUUUACAAGAUGACUAAUUCCAGAAUCGGGGGCUGUCUUGUCCUGCGCGCGUGACCCUGACUCAUCCAGACCCUGUAGACCAGAGAUGAGCCACUCAGUAUUUAUGAGAUGUCUGCACCUUUAUUCCCAAGCUUGACUACUAGCAAUACGCAUAUACUAUAUAGAGUCUAUUAUAGAGCUAAGUUAUAUUGGCGCCUUUUCCGGGAGGACAGUCGGGACUGGACUGCAUCGGAGCUGCUGAGGCGGGUGGCCAGCCUGGGGUCCAGCCGCCGCUCCUGCCCUCCUCUGCCCUUCCAGAGGGGACAACCCUGGAGGCAGCUGGGACAAGUGCAAAAGGUUCAGAGGAAGGGACCAGAGACGGGACGGAUACUGUGAGCUGGGAGGGGCUGCCCGCCUGGCCGGCGCUCCUCGUACUUGAAUUCUGUCUUGUUUUCUGCACCAGGUCUGCUCACCGAGUUCUCUGUGGUCGCUUCAGUUUGCAUCUGAUUUGGUGUCUUACUUUACCCCAGUGUGGACACAGCUGUGUGUGAGAGGCCAGCAGGGAGAGACCCUCUGGGGUACCCUGCACUGUGUGACUGCUGGGUGGGUGGAGGGGAACCGACUGUGUGGUCUCAUUUCUCCCCAGUGAACCACCCUUCCCGGCUCCCAGCUUCCCGGUGUUUGCUCAGAGCCAGAGGAAGGCCAAGGAGGGGCCUGGGAGGACUGGUGGCCAGCUGCUGUGCUGGGCAGGCCUGUCCCGCUCAGCAGCUGGAACGCUCUUGGCCAGCCUCCCCAUCAGCUCCUGCCUGGGUCCCCCAGGGGCUCUUCUCAUGGAAGUGUCUUUGCCGGAGUGGGAGAACCUGUCCUACCAGGCAGGGUUGUGGAGAAGCCUCUCAGCUUUAACUACUGCUUGAGAAAGAUGCUGCCUAGUCCCUGUCAGCCAGCGGCUCCAUACAGCCACCGCGUGAGGUGCGGGGCUCGCUAAGGUGUUUCUAAAAUGGCAAAGGUGUUUUGCUUUUGUUUGUUUUGUUAUUUUGAAAAAGAAGGAAAAUCACACAGAAUCUAAAGCAUUCAGAUUGGAUGACCUGCUUGUGUUCUGAUCAGUCGCUUCCGUUGUUAGGGUUUUGCACACGAUUGUGAUUUUUAUGUCAAAAGAAGCCAAAACUUGCAAUACUAUUUUUAGCAGACAAAAAAAAAAAAAAAAAAAGAACUAAGUAUAAAACGUAUAAAUAUUUUUGACUUGAACACUUGGAUGGCACCAGGUGCAAA